AUGGGCACUUUAACCAUCAAGUAUGCACAUCGACGAAAGGGAGAGUCUUCGCAAUUGUUCAAGCUGCUAAAAGUCCUGUUAUCAAUUCUCAUACAUUCAGUCUUCAAAUACACGGCGGGGCGGCACAAUGUCUUCAAAGUGAAUGGUACCGUCUUCACGAACUGCACUAUACCACCACCAAAUGAAGCUCUUACCACUGGAAAUGAUGUGAUUACACUGGCCACCCCUGGAAGGAAGUGGUAUAUUUGCGGUGUAAACGACCAUUGUGCCAACUACGGACAGAAGCUUGCCAUCACUGUGCUGGAAGAGUGGGCGUCUCCUGCACCGGCCCCCUCCCCCUCCACCACCACAGCACCAGCACCCAGUUCUGCUUAUGGGAUCUCGGUGUCUGGGUAUUAG